AUGUUCUGCAUUAUCGAUAUGCUGAAGAAAAUUUGCCCUUCUGAAGGUCCCUUACAGAUGCGAUUACUUGAGAUGAACCUUAUGCAUGCACCUCAAGUUGCAGAUGCUAUUCUAGGCAAUCAGAUGUUCAUGCAUUAUGACUGGGCUCAUAUUGCUCAGCUGUGUGAAAAGCCUGGCCUACUGCAUCGUGCGUUAGAACCCUUCACUGAUUUAUAUGAUAUAAAAUGUGCAGUGGUUUGCACCCAUCUUCUUAACCCCGAGUGGUUAGUGAAUUACUUUGGGUCCUUAUCAGUAGAAGAUUCCCUAGAAUGUCUCAGAGCCAUGCUAUCUGCCAAUAUUCAUCAGAAUCUGAAGAUCUGUGUUCAGGUGGCUUCUAAAUAUCAUAAACAACUGUUAACUCAGUCUCUGAUUGAACUUUUUGAAUCUUUUAAGUCUACUGAAGGUCUCUUUUAUUUUCUGGGAUCCAUUGUUAACUUUAGUCAGGACCCAGAUAUGUACUUAAAAUAUAUUCAGGCAGCUUGCAAGACUGGGAAAAUCAAAGAAGUAGAAAGAAUCUGUAGAGAAAGUAACUGCUAUGAUCCUGAGAGAGUCAAGAAUUUCCUUAAGGAAGUGAAAUUAACAUAUCAGCUACCACUUAUCAUUGUGUAUGAUAGAUUUGAUUUCCUCCAUGAUUUGGUGCUCUAUUUAUAUAGAAAUAAUCUUCAAAAGUAUAUAGAGAUAUAUGUACAGAAAAUGAAUCCAAGUCAACUUCCCAUGGUUACUGGAGGAUUACUUGAUGUUGACUGUUCUGAAGAUGUCAUAAAAAUUUUAAUUCUGGUUUUAAGAGGUCAAUUCUCCACUGAUGAACUUGUUGCUGAGGCUGAAAAAAGAAACAGAUUGAAACUACUUCUUCCUUGGCUAGAGGCCAGAAUACAUGAGGGCUCUGAAGAGCCUGCUACUCACAAUGCCUUAGCAAAAAUCUAUGUAGACAGUAAUAGCAGCCCAGAGAGAUUUCUUCGUGAAAUCUCUACUAUGACAGUCACAUUGUUGGAAAGUAUUGUGAGAAGAGAGAUCCACAUCUGGCCUGUAUUGCUUAUGAAUGUGGUCAAUGUGAUUUGGAACUUAUUGAUGUGA